CAAUGAUGAAUUAGAAGAGUCCCGCCAGGCCAGCGAAGGGGAAUUUGACGCCAUGGAUCCCAAGAAAGAGCCUAGUUACCCGAAGCCCCCCAGCAGCAAACCUGGGCCAAUGAAGAAGGAGGUGCAGCUGCCUCAAUAUCGGCACCACCCUCUCCGUGCUCGCCGGCGCCCUCCAAAGGGCAUGUACCUGAGCCAAGAAGGUAUCACCGGGCUGUCGACCAGCCCCGACAUAGCCAUGCUCACCUUGCGCCAUCUGGACUCACAGCUGGUUUCACUCAAACGUCAGGUGCAGAGCAUCAAACAGAUCAACAGCAGCUUGAAGCAGGCGCUAGGCGAAGGGAUACACAAACUGCGUCCAACUGAGACUAACAUCAAGUUCAACUCCCGCUGGACGACCGAUGAGCAGCUGCUGGCAGUGCAGGCCAUCCGGAAAUACGGCAAAGACUUCCAAGCCAUUGCCGAGGUGAUCAGCAAUAAGACGGUGGCGCAGGUGAAAACCUUCUUUGUCAGCUACCGCCGGCGGUUCAACCUGGAGGAGGUGCUGCAGGAGUGGGAGGCCGAACAGGAGGGGCUGAGACCGGCCCCCGCCCAAAGUGGCUCGCCCCCCCAGGAGCAGAAGAGCAGCAGUGAGGAAGAGGACGAGGUCCAGAUCACUGCUGUAUCGCGAUCUGUGCAGCUGCCUCCAAGCCAGCCUCCCCAGCCUCCCCCCGCGCUUCCCCCGCUCCCCGCCUCCCCUCGACCUCCCCCCGUGGCGCUCUCCCAGCCUCCCCCCUUGCUGAGGCCCACCUUGCCCACCGCACCCAUGCUGCACCGCCAGCCGCCACCCCUACAGCAAGGGCGUUUCCUCCAGCCCAGACUUUCGGUCAACCAGCUGCCACCUCCGCUUAUCCGGCCCGCGGGGUCCCGCCAGGCCCCGUCACGGGGAGCCCAGCACCCCCCGUCGCUGCUCAGCGGGACAGGAGAACCGCACCCUCUGCCCUCCUUGGGGUCCCUCUGA